UCGCAGGCAUUAAUUACAAAGCAACAAAAAGUAACGAUGGCUUCUCCUCCCACUCGGUGAAGCUCUCGAAUCGAAUCCGACGGACCGAAGCGAGCUCCCUCUCCCUCUUCUGUCUUCGAGGUGGGGGGCGGGGGCGGUGGUGUUUCGGAGGCGAUGGAGGAUCCGGGCGGCGCGGGAUCGCCGUUGCUGGCGGCGAGCGCGGGGCGGAGGAGCGGGAGAUCGCUUCGCCGGAGGAACUCCGUCGACACUCUCAGGGCCGAGUUCGUCGCGAAGCUGCCGGAGAAGAUCCGUUCCGGCCUCGACGUCGAAUCUGACCCGUGCGACAUCGAUUUCUCCAAGACCGGAGGCUUGAGCAAAGGAGAGAAGGAGUACUAUAAAAAGCAACUUGAGACCUUGAAAUCAUUUGAAGAAGUGGACACUGUGGUGAUCUCUGAUGGUGUAGACGAGGAAAAUCUGGAAGAACAAGCGCGGCACGAUAGAGCGAUGAUGAUAUCGAACUAUGCGAAUGUCGUGCUGCUGGUGUUUAAGAUCUAUGCGACAAUUAAGAGUGGAUCAAUAGCUAUUGCAGCAUCUACAUUGGAUUCUCUACUUGAUCUCAUGGCUGGCGGCAUACUUUGGUUCACAAACCUGUCGAUGAAGAAGAUUAACAUUUACAAAUAUCCCAUUGGAAAAUUGAGGGUGCAACCGGUAGGAAUAAUUGUCUUCGCAGCUAUCAUGGCUACUCUAGGCUUUCAGGUACUCAUCCAAGCCGUAGAAGAGUUAGUCGAAGAUGAAGCUUCUGAAAAGAUGAGUUCGAGCCAAUUGGCAUGGCUAUACUCAAUCAUGUUAUCUGCUACUGUUGUAAAACUUGCUCUCUGGAUUUACUGCAGAAGCUCACCGAAUGACAUCGUUCGUGCUUAUGCUAAGGAUCACUAUUUCGAUGUGAUAACAAAUGUAGUAGGUCUCGCAGCGGCAGUUCUUGGUGAUAAAUUCUACUGGUGGAUUGACCCCGCCGGUGCUAUUUUGCUUGCAUUUUACACCAUGACCAAUUGGUCUGGAACAGUCCUGGAAAAUGCAGUUUCGCUCGUAGGACAGUCAGCGCCUCCAGAAGUUUUGCAGAAACUAACUUAUUUGGUGGUAAGACAUCCUCAAGUCAAGCGGAUCGACACUGUCCGUGCUUACACCUUUGGCGUGCUUUAUUUUGUGGAGGUCGAUAUCGAACUUCCAGAGGAGCUGCCGUUGAAGGAGGCCCACCAGAUUGGGGAGACCCUCCAGAUAAAGCUCGAGAAGCUCUCGGAAGUCGAGCGGGCAUUCGUUCAUGUCGACUUCGAGUGCGAACAUAAACCAGAGCACACCGUCGUGAACCGGCUUCCGGACAACUAGAAUCUGGGGCUGUGAGAACAUUGUCCGUCGCGCAUGGAAGACGAGAUUUUCCUUCCCCAAGAAGGAAGUGCUCGUCGACAAAUGCGUUUGCUUCGGGACGGAAUGGAGAUUUUGUAUCCUGCAUCUGGGUUUUUUCCCUCAGCAGCAUCACAACUUUGCCGGACCAUUCUACUGUUUCAUUUCAAAACGGCCGAAGUUUUGUCUAUUGUUACUAGAUUUCCGAAAGAGUUGAUACUUGUUAAAAA